AACCUUUUUUACUGUUUAUUCUGAUUCGGGAAUCACCAUCUAAUUCUGCUAUGACGCACUUGUUUUAUCAAUUUCUACAUUUAUGAUUAAAGUCAUCACAACAUUAUUAAAUAACCGGUUUUUCCAUAAGUGCUCUAAAAGCCAAGCUUAGCAGCUGAACAACACUAAAAGCAGCUGUAGCGACUUUCACAUUAAAUCUCAAGUUAUUUGUAAACAUUUCAAAAGAUCACUUUUAUUUCACGCCGAGACAGCGGCUACGGCAGAUAGUCGGCAACAAUUCGCAACUGCAUACAAAGUAAACGGCUUGCAAUGCGAAAUCAAACAUUAAAUAUUUCUUGUUUAACGCUACUCCUACUUUUGCAAGUGUGCAUCCUGCCUAAUGUCUAUGCUCAAGCGGAAACUUGCAUUGCGCCAAAUGGUUCGGCGGGUUACUGCCUAGUCUAUACAGAGUGCGCCAAUUUGACGCAAUGGCGCGAGCAUCAUAAUCUUAAAACUAGCGAGGAUGUGCAGAAGAUGUUUUGCAAACAAGAUCAAAUCCACGUUUGCUGCAACUACACCAAUCCCUACUUCACCGGCGUCGACUAUUUGUCCCAGUUGAACCCUGAAGGCUUGGCAUUACUCCAAUCAGUACAAUGUACUCGACCAAUUAGCGACCGUGUGGCCAAUGGAGAGAACGCGAUACUUGGUGAAUAUCCCUUCAUGGCAUUGUUGCGUUACGACGGGGCAAAACGUCCAUAUUUAUGUGGUGGAUCGCUGAUAACAAAUCGUUUUGUGCUCACGGCAGCUCACUGUAUCACACGAAAAUUAGUUGGUGUUCGUUUGGGUGAGCAUGAUCUUAGAACUGAUAUCGACUGCGCGAGCGAUACACUCUGCCUGCCGGAAGCAGAAGAUUUUGAAAUUGCACAGAUAAUCAAACAUCCAAGCUAUAAUCAGCCAUAUAUGACGCACGAUGUGGCUUUGCUAAAACUCGAUCGUAAAGUGAAAUUUAAAGUGCACAUUAAACCCAUUUGUUUACCAAUCACACCACUCGUCUUGGACUACAACAACCUGCCAAAGUCCUACUACAUUGCUCCGUAUGCCCCGGAGAAUACAACUAGCACCGAUAUUUUGCAGCGCGCUGAAAUUCCCCAUCAGGAUCGUGAAGUUUGCAAAAGAAUAUUCGGUCCUAUGGGUGUAGGAAUUACGAAUGAUCACAUCUGCGCUGGUGGCGAGCGUCAAGUCGAUACGUGUAAAGGAGAUUCUGGAGGCCCACUUUUUGCUUCAGUGCCAUUUAAGAAAGUCAAGAAAAUUACAUUUAAUCGUCAAGUGCAAUAUGGCAUAGUGUCGUUCGGCUUGAUUGGUUGCGGGGGUGAGGGUACAAGCGCGGCAGCCUAUGCAAAUGUCUUUGAAUAUAUGCCAUGGAUUACAGAAAUGUUAGCCGAACAUACUUGACUAGAAUAUUGUUAUUUAUUUACAUACAUAUAUUUAGAGAUUUUUUAAUAUACACACAUCCAUAAUCGUA